GGAAACGUUUGGGUCUCUGGUAAACAGCAGAACGCUAGUUUCCUCGAUCAUCCUUUUUGAUUGCUCAGCCCUUGAUUGAUCCGGCUGGCCGGGUAUCUCGAGCUGAGGCAAUCAUGAAGGUAACGCCAAUAAUCAGAUUAUUUUUCAUGGUGCUCAUGGCUUCAUGUGCAAAUAUUGUCAACUGCAGCUCCUUGUCUGGAAAUGAGACAGACCGGUUGUCACUUAUUGAAUUCAAGAAGGCGAUCAGUUUCGAUCUGCAGCAAGCUUUGAUCUCCUGGAAUGACAGCAUCCCCUUCUGUAAUUGGGAAGGCGUUCGUUGCACUAUGAAGAAUCCAUGCCGGGUCACUUCUCUUGACCUUACAAACCGAGGUUUAGUUGGACAAAUCUCUCCUUCGCUUGGAAACUUAUCAUUCCUACAAAACCUACACCUGCCGAAAAAUGCAUUCGCUGCAGACAUCCCUCCUUCCCUUGGUCACCUUCGUCGCCUUCGGUAUCUCUACUUGACUAAUAACACACUGCAAGGAAGGAUACCAAACUUUGCAAACUGUUCACAUCUCAAGGUCCUAUGGCUAGAUCGCAAUAAUCUAGUCGGACAAAUUCCUACAGAAUGGCCUCCUAACCUUCAAGAGCUGAACCUUGCAAACAAUAAUCUCAGUGGAACCAUCCCUCCUUCUCUAGCCAACAUCACCACGCUUGAAUCUUUUCACUGCGGGUUAAAUAAUCUCGUGGGCAAUGUUCCGAAUAGUUUCGCAAAGUUUUCCAGACAAAAGUACUUGUUUGUGAGUGCCAAUAGGCUGACAGGUAGAUUUCAACAAGCCAUCUUAAAUAUUUCUACUCUUGUUGAUCUCAGUCUUACUGAAAAUCAAAUAACUGGGGAGUUACCAUCUAAUCUCGGCAACCAUCUACCCAAUCUCCAACGUCUCUUUUUAGCCGCCAACUUAUUCCAAGGGUAUAUCCCCAAUUUGUUUAUAACUGCUUCGAAGCUAACCCUUCUUGAUAUGUCAAGAAAUAAUUUUACAGGGGUGGUGCCAAGCUCCAUUGGCAAACUAACCAAACUGUCUUGGUUAAAUCUAGAGUUCAAUAAACUCGAAACACAUAACAAGCAAGAUUGGAAGUUUAGGGACAGCCUAGCCAACUGCACAGAGCUACAAAUAUUUUCAAUACAUGGAAAUCGUCUUGAAGGCCAUGUACCAGCUUCACUGGGUAACCUUUCUGUUAAUCUUCGCAGUUUAUAUCUGGGAGACAAUGAACUAUCAGGCAAUUUUCCUGCUGGGUUAGCCACUCUUCCCAACUUGAACCUUUUAGAAUUGCAAAGGAACCAUUUUACAGGCAUGGUGCCCGAAUGGAUUGGGAAUCUCAAGAAUUUACAGCAAAUACUAUUACAUGGCAACAAAUUUACCGGGUUUAUUCCAGAAUCAGUUUCAAAUUUGUCUCUAUUGGUGCAAAUCUUUCUAGACUCUAAUAAGUUUGGUGGUCACCUGCCCCCAAGCCUUGGAAACCUCCAAAUGCUUCAAACGUUUUCAAUUUUCAACAACAGCUUUAUUGGUGGAGUACCAAAGAAGAUCUUUCAAAUUCCUACACUAUACGACAUUGAUUUAUCUUUCAAUAACCUUGUUGGACAACUUCGUACCGACAUUGGCAAUGCCAAGCAACUGGUAAAUUUGGCACUUUCGUCAAAUAAACUAUCUGGAGAUGUUCCAAACACUCUAGGUAAUUGUGAAAGCUUGGAAAAUAUUCUGUUUGGCUCAAACAUUUUCAGCGGAAGUAUUCCCAUUUCAUUAGGCAAUAUCAGGAGCCUAAAAGUUCUAAACUUUUCAGACAAUAACCUAUCUGGGCCAAUACCAGCAUAUCUUGGCAACUUAAAACUUCUUGAGAAACUUGAUUUGUCAUUCAACCAUCUUGAGGGGGAGGUCCCAAAAAAUGGAAUCUUCAGCAAUGCAACUGCCAUAAAGAUUGAUGCAAAUCAUAGGCUUUAUGGUGGGAUACAGGAGCUACACCUACUUGCUUGUUCGGUUAUGCGUUCAAAUUUAUCGAAGUACAAGCUUUCCUUUGUACUUAAACUUGUAAUCCCAGUGGUCAGCAUGGUGUCACUUGUCAUGGUCAUAGUUCUCCAAGUGUUCUGGAGGAGGAAACACAAAAAGAGAUCUCUUUCUUUGCCAUCAUAUGGUCAAGGAUUUCCCAAAGUUUCUUUCAUUGAUCUAGCCAGAGCAACAGAUGGGUUCUCAACAGCUAAGAUGAUUGGCAGAGGGAGCUAUGGUGCUGUGUAUGAAGGAAAACUAUUUCCAGAUGGAAAUUAUGUUGCAAUAAAAGUCUUCAACCUGGAGACAACAGGAUCGCAAAAAAGCUUCAUUGCGGAAUGUAAUGCUUUAAGAAGUGUGCGGCACCGUAAUUUGGUCCACGUAUUAACUGCAUGCUCAAGCAUUGACUCGAAUGGGAAUGAUUUCAAAGCUCUAGUGUAUGAGUUCAUGCCUCGAGGAGACUUGCAUAAACUACUAUACUCAAUUCAAGAUGAAAGCACUUCUGAGUUGAGCCAUAUUACAGUAGCUCAAAGGCUAAGCAUUGUUGUGGAUGUAGCGGAUGCAUUGGAGUACCUACACCAUAACAGCCAGGAAACAAUUGUUCAUUGUGACAUGAAGCCUAGCAACAUUCUUUUGGAUGACAAUUUGACAGCUCAUGUUGGAGAUUUUGGUCUUGCAAAGUUCAAAGUUGACUCAGUGGUGCCAAAUCCUGCUGACCCAUACUCAACUUCUUCCAUUGCAAUAAGGGGAACGAUUGGAUAUGUUGCUCCAGAGUGUGCAACAGGUGGCCAUGUUUCGAGCGCCAGCGAUGUCUACAGCUUUGGAAUCGUUCUACUUGAAAUAUUCUUACGGAAGAGGCCGACAGAUGAUAUGUUUAAAGAUGGACUGAACAUUGCAAAAUUCGUUGAGAUGAACUUUCUAGCCAGGAUAGCACAGAUUAUUGACCCUGAAUUACUUCAAGAUCCCGCAGCCACAAAGGAAAGUUACUGGGAAUUUUUAGUCUCAAUGCUAAACAUUGGACUUUGCUGCACCAAGUUGUCGCCCAACGAGCGCCCCAUGAUGCAGGAAGUGGCUCCAAGGUUGCAUGGAAUUAAGGACUCAUAUCUCAGAGGGAACUAAGCUCCCUAGCAUCCGCACAGAACACUUUGUGGAUGAGUUUCAUUCAGUAUGUGGGGAUGGUUUAGAUUUUAGAAAAACUUAAGGUGGGAACUAUCAUCAACUUCAAUUGGAACACAGCAUUGAGGUGCAGCUAGUGUGCUUGUUGUUAAGGAAAUUAAGCUAGUGUCCAUUGGAUGCACCUGGUAUUGAAAAGGCAGACCUUUUGUUUCCUCAAGAUGCCGCGAAUGGAAAAUAAUUCGCAGUGAGUCCGAUGCUGCUGCAACCCAGCCAUUUUAUUUAGAUGUAUUUACUAUGUUUUAGACUUCUUGUUGCGAAAAACAAGUCAAGUUAUGGCCCUAUAGUUUGUAACAUUGUAGCACAAACCUACCUAUGGAUGCGUUGUGACUGCCGCGAUAAAUUAAUUUUGUAUGCAACAAGGAAAACUACUCUUGGAGGAUAUAUGUCCUUCUAGAGAUUUAUUGUAAUGCUAUCCGCUUUUAUAAAACUAAAGCCUGCACUUCGGUCA